AUGCACUGUUCUUCUAUUUACAUAAUACGUAAUUCCGCACUCACCGCUUACGACAGCAAUUGCGGACAGUCUUCGUUGCCAAGACAACUCGUCGUAAUAGGAAAAUUAAGAAAAGUUUAUAUCUUUGACAGUGAACUAGAAUAUUCCUUCGUGCGCGUUGAAAAUAGCCAACUGACCUCAAUUGAAUCGGAUACCGAGCGUCUUGCCGGCCCAUCUAGUAAUCCGUUUAAGAACCGUACGUCUUUGUUAAACCUAUUUAGAUGCAUCUUCGAUAACAACGUAGUAAUGGAGACUACACGAUAA